CCCCCUCCCUUUCUACGAGUCCAAAAACCCAUUCAUACUCUCUCUCUCUAUAUCUCUCGCUUCAUCAAUCUUACGAAGGACGACGACUUCGAUACUACUUCUACAGACUCACUCGCCGUCUUAAUCAUGAGGUUUUCUCGUAAUCAAAGCACGAUCGCGUGCUUUGAACCUUUCUUUAAUCCCGAUAGUCAACCGGUGGUGUUUAUGUAAAUCAGAAUCAUAAACCUCUCAUCUAAGAGAAAAAGAGCAGGAUUUGUUUGUAUAAUAAUGGAGAAAUCGAAUAGCAUGAGCAAUCGAGGAGGAGGAGGAGGAGAAAGAGUUAUCGGUGAUUAUAUAGUUACUAAACCGAUUGGCUCUGGUUCGUUCUCUGUUGUUUGGCAUGGACGGCAUAAAGUAACUGGCGUUGAAGUGGCAAUCAAGGAGAUCGUGACAGCGCAUAUAAGUAAGAAGUUGCAGGAUAGUUUAAUGUCAGAGAUUCAUAUUCUGGAGCAGAUUAAUCAUCCAAACAUUAUCCGUUUGCACGAUAUCAUCCAGGAAACCACUAGGAUUCAUCUAGUUCUAGAGUAUUGUAGAGGAGGUGAUCUUUCUUUGUUUAUUCAACAACGCAAAGGAAGAAUUUCUGAAGCAAAAUCAAAGCAUUUUAUGCAUCAGCUCGCAUCUGGUCUGCAAAUCAUGCGUGACAAUAACGUUAUCCAUCGUGAUCUAAAGCCUCAAAAUCUCUUGCUCACUACAAAUGAUGAGAAUGCAGUUUUGAAAAUUGCUGAUUUUGGAUUUGCAAGACCUCUUCAACCUAGAGGCCUUGCAGAAACAUUGUGUGGUUCUCCACUUUAUAUGGCUCCAGAAAUCAUGCAACUUCAGAAAUAUGAUGCCAAGGCAGAUCUAUGGAGUGUUGGAAUAAUUUUGUAUCAGCUUGUGACUGGAAAAACUCCAUUUUCAGGAAACAGUCAGAUACAGUUACUCCAGAACAUCAUGAAAACAUCAGAAUUGAAUUUCCCUCCAGAUAAGAUGGAUUUGAGUUCUGCUUGCCUCGAUUUGUGUCGUAAAUUGCUACGCAUUAAUCCAGUUGAACGGAUAACAUUUGAAGAAUUUUUUAAUCAUCCAUUUCUGUCUCAGAAGCAAUCAGAUGAUAAUAUUUCAAGGACUAGGGUUCCUCCAAGGAGAAUAGAUGGUUUUCCUUUUUAUAACAGCAGUUUUCUUAGGAAUGAUGCCAAAGAAAUUUUAAGAGAAGAUUUUUUACCGUUCAGUCCUGAUGUUGAUUCCAGUGGAGCUGAUAAGAAGCCUUCUUUUAAAUCCACCUUUGGGUUUUCUGCAGAGAGGAAAGAAGUGCAACCACCCCUAGAUUUUAUAUCCAAAGAUAGCUUGAAAUCGUCGGAGAGAAGGUUAAAGGAAUCGUUAAAAUCCGUUUCAAAAGGUCCUGCAGUUGAGGAUUCAUUUGAGUUGCUUAAGGAUUAUGUGUUUGUGAAUGGGCCCUCUGCAUAUGCAUCUUCCUCUUCAUCGGCAAGUUUAUCCAGACUCAACCAAUUUCCAUAUAAAUUGGAACCUCCUAAACCGUCAUCAGCUAAUCUUAGUUCAUACUCGAGCGCUCCACUGCCAAUAAUUGCGGCCUCUGCCCCCAAAUUGGGUCAUCUUGAUCGUUUUGAUAGCAAUGAUGGUUCUGUUCCUUCUGGAACUUCACAAGGAUCAGUUGAUAUAGAAGAUUCUUUGGAACAACCACCAACUGAUUGCGCUGAUAGGAUUACGUCAUUGAAGCAAUUUGUUUCUUCCCUUACCCAACUACUAAAUGAAAAGAUUAAGGCAAAUUUGCAACUGGAAGCGUUUUCCAUUCAGCUUGUAAAUCUUGCUAUCUGGAAGCAGGCUCUUCAUAUAUGUCAUGCCCAAGCUGCAUCUUCCAUUGAUGAGAGUCCAAGUCCAAAUCGAGAGACAACUAGAUUGAGAGAGAGUGCGGAUAGUGAAUUGCAGAACCUGUGCUCUCAGAUUGAGAUUGCGUUUCUUCAAGAAGUUGAGAAUGCUGAAGAACUUGCCAAGAUUGUGGAGCCUGGAAACACCGAGAUGCCUGAUGCAAUGGAAACAAUCUUUCAAUCUGCACUCUCUUUGGGUAGAGAUGGAGCUGUGGAUGAAUACAUGGAUAGAAUGGAAGAAUCAAUGAUACGAUACUCGAGGGCAAUGAGUUUGUUAAGGUUCCUACUAGCGGAGGCACCGACAUUGAUAAUCAAUCCUCCAUUCUCGUUAACUAACACUGACCGAUAUAGGAUUCGAAACUACAUAGGUAGUCUGAACAAUAGAUGGCAAAGCCUUUCAAAAUUAGUUGCUGCUGAAAAAUUAAAACAGAAGGAGAAGGAGGAUCAACAACAACUAAAUCUAUUAUUAGAAUAGAGUGAUAUUUAGUUUGUACAGUUUAUUCUUUUGAGUGACUACUGAUCAGGAAAAACUAAAUGUGAAUAGUUUUAUUAUUAUCAUUAUGUUUCUAUUAUUUACAUUACCACUAAUCAUUAUCUCA